AUGACAGACAUGGAUAUGGAUGUUGACAUGGACAGUGACACUCCAGAAUCUUCUCCAUCGAUUCCUGACUCGUAUUGGGUCCCCCCUCCUUUACCUGCCGACAAACUCUUUCAAGACGCCGAUGGAGCAUGGAUAGGCUCGUGCUGGGACGAAGUCACAUCAACGGAGGAAAGACUCAUCCAAUUUCUGACACGAUGGCCACCGAGUCGUACACCGCCGGCCUACAGCGCAUGGAUCGCCAUAGAUAGAGGCGGAAAUCAACCGUGCACGCCCGAUGUUGCCUCUCUCACUUCCUCAUUCCAAAACCUCAUCACUUCUGGCGCCGUAACCGUUGAAAAUCUUGAUCAAAUAUCGCGAGCUCACAACGUGCUCGUGGGGAAGUGGCUCGUCUUCGCUGACCACGAAAGUAUCGAUCUUUUAUGGGGAAAAGUCGUCCAUCUCCUCUGUGUUCAGCUUAAGAAAGGAUCAGCGAAGGUCUCAACGCGUAAGGAGGGCGAACGGCAUGUCAUUUGCGUUUAUACGGAAGACUUCACGGAUUUGAAGGAGGUGAAAGCUUUGAGGGCGGGCCUUAGGAGGAUAGGCGUCCGUUGGAAAAUUGGGUUCAAAACAGAUGCGUAUACCCAUCUUGGAAUUUAUGCGAAGAACGAGUGGAACUUGCGCCCCACCAGGUAUUUUGAAUUAGUUCAUCUUCAACAUCCAGCCUAUAACUCCGGAGUUAUCGAUACAGAUCCCCCAAAAAAGUGA